GCUGCCUGCCCGUUGAGUACCGUGUUAGUUGCUUGAUGUUGGUGUAGUUUUUGCUUAGCUGUGCUGCUACUGCUUUCGCUGUUGGUUGAUUGAUGAUGGUGUCCAGUGGUGGUGCUUGAUCGGUGUCUUCUGUAGAACCUGUCGAAAACUGCAUUAGUGCGUUCUGGCCACGCUAGCUAGCUGGACAACUGAAUAUCGGCUAGUACGAGCUAGUUCGUUUGAUCAGGCUGUCGUGCCGUCCUUGCUGUGUUCACGAUACGCACCCCGCCGCCAAAGCCCUAAAGUGCUCAUUGCUGUCUUCUAUGGCCAUUUCCGACGACGAGCUCAGGGGCCGGCUCACGGCCCUGGGCUGUGAUGUGGGCCCCAUUGAUGACACAACCCGCCCACUUUAUGUCGCUAUGUUAAAGAGGCGGGAAGGAGCUGAAAAAGCUAAUCGCCAAGGCAGAUCUUCGAAGUCCGCCUCCGGUUGGUCUAAUACUUCGUCAAACCAAGAGACGCUCCCGGUUAAGUCUCGAUCUUCCAGCAGAACCCGUGGCAAACCGUCGCAAGCUUUUAGCUCUGAUGACGAGGCCCCUGCUGAAACAUCGCGACCGACAAGGCGAUCGACAACGUAUACUUUCAAGGGUGGAUACGCACAAUCUUACCGGAAGAGUGCCAACAGCGAUACUCCUUCAACUCCAGGAUCAAUGACGUCUUCAACGAUGUACAGCUCUCCAGGCGGAGAUCAAUCCUCAGGCCUCGAAGAUUCCGGAGGUGGCGGGAGUAAUCAAAGUCUGUUUUCGACUGGGCUUUCACCGGUUCGACCUGACACUCCACCCCUGUCACUAGUAUCUCGCAGCACGAAGUAUAUGCGUCGGCCGCUUCAUCCCCCGAACAACAAUAGUAAAAACAGCAACAACAACGAAAGCAACCACAAUCACAUGCCCCAUUCGAGAAACAACUAUGUGUCGUCAAACACAGGAGGCACGACUGGCAAUGGAUUUAGCGAUGAUGAACUCGAUAAUCAAGAAGUGCCUCCAUUACAUCGCUAUUAUAGGCCGAUGUCGCUUUUUAAUUCUCUGAGGAAUAAGGGGAUACCGAUGAACUAUUCUUCCGGUUCAUCACUAAUGAGCCAGUCAUCGUACCUAUCGGGUGCUGCUUACGGUGGAUUACGUAACCUUCGACGGCCACAACUGGGUGCUACCACUGGCGCCACGCGUUCGCACUUUGUUCCAAAAUUGUUAACGUGGAUCACGGUGAUCUUCUUUCUUGGCUUGGCCGUUUUGUAUUACCGUUUAGGACAAGAUGCCCAACCAUCAGUGGGAGCUGGUGUGCCAAGUGUCGCCGAACUGAUCAAGUACGAUAAAUGCUCGAAACGGCCAAAUGCUGGUGAAGAGGCGGGGUAUACCUGCAUCCCUGAGGAGCUAUUUGGAAAGUCAUUGGAAGUCGCAAGCAAGAUUCAAACGCUACUCGAGCAAAAAAAAUAUGAACAAGUUUGUGGCAAUGAGGAUUCCAAUGUAGAUGAACGUCUUACAUAUGAGGAGGCGGCGAGGCAUGCCGGUACAUCGCUGGACAAUGGGACUUUCAUCAGCGCAGUUUACUUGAUUACACAGAAUCCCAGCUGGGGAGUCGAAGUGUCGCGAGACAGCGAAGACACUUUUCUCAUGCCGCACUACUUAGCCCCAUUGUGGUGUCGGCUUCAACGUGCUGUCAUGCAGAUGUUUCUGCAGGCCCUGCUUUUCGUUUUUUUCGUAGUAGUUGUUGCAUGUACAUAUUGGUAUCUACAAAAUCGUAAAGUUAAUUACCGGGAACGUAGACGUCAAAUUAACGGGCUUGUUGAGGACAUCACCGAUCUCCUCACUAACAAUGCGGCCGAUAAUCCUGAGACACCGUACCUUCCAAUUCUGGAGAUUCGUGACAAGCUAUUACCUACCGCCGCGAUGAGUCGAAAUAUGGCGCAGUUGUGGCGCGAAGUUGAAGAUAAAUUCGAACAAACUGAAGGUGCUCGAGUGGCCCGCGAGAAGCAGCGCGUUCGAGGCGAAUGGUUCCAGGUUUGGCGGUGGUUAUCGCCGCCAACAACGACCGUAAACGGCCAGUGGGCAAUGGGCAAUAAAGUGUGGCAAGGUAAAGCUUUCGACGGUAGUUCGGCGGGACGACCUCUAACCAACUGUCUCAAGAUCAAGAAUAUGUUCAAUAAGCUCGAGGAGCGUGGUGAAGGCUGGGUUCAGGAUGUUCAACGUGAACUUCUAACUAAAUGCGGCCCGAAUCACGGAAUCGUUCAUAUGCAUGUUGCCGAAGACUCCCCUGACGGUAUUGUCUACGCUAAAAUGCUGUCUCUCGAAGCUGCUGGCGAGGUUUAUCGAAAGCUUCACGGUAGUUGGUUUGAUCGCCGCCUGGUCACGGCCAAGUACUUGAGGGAGAAACGUUACCAUGAGAAGUUUCCCGAAUCUUCCGCUUUAGCAUCACAAAUGGACCUCUAAACACAGACAAGAACAUACUCCAAUAUUUUUGGAGCUCUACGACUCAUCAAAUGCAUUACUAGCGUAAUUUUCGCGAAACAUCGCACAAUCAUGACUCGUAUCUGCUGGAAUCGACACAUUCGCUAUGAGAAAACUCUGAUGAAUAGAUGCUGGACGUCGGCACUACUGUUAUCCCGCCACGUAUGCUUCACGGCAGAGUGGUUUAUGCUUGAAGCUUUUUUCCUGUGGUUCUGGGUGUGCGCAUGUUCAAAGGCAACAGUUGAGAAAUCUGAAGUAGAAGCCGAUGCAAGCACACAUGAUGACGGUCACAUCGUUCAGACUGUUCUACACGCGCUAUUAUGUGCAUCACGUUUUGCUGAUGGGAAACGAAACACCCAUUAUCGAAUGUUUUCCUGUUGUGCAUUCGUUGUUGACGACAAGAGAGAGAAAAGAAAAAAAGAGAAACUAAUUAGGGAAAGCUACAAUUCUAUUUGUGAGUAGCUUGAAACGGUUACGAUAGCGGUGUAAAUUCCUAAUAUACACCCUCUAAAUAGUACUAGAUAGAAGUAUGCAUGUUUGUUGUGUAUGAUUUCAUAAUAAUGUGGAUUAUAGAGCUGAAAAUUUUAUCACGAUGACGACAACCAUGUUGUUCAGAAUGAAUAAAACCGCCUAGCAGGCGUCAGCAAAAGAAGCUUAUUGGUUUAAAGAGUAAUGCAAUUCUACCAUUAUUAGUACAAUAGUGAACAUGUUUUACUUAGUUAAUAAUGUUCUGCUGGCUGGCGUUGAUUUGGCUCGACCAUAUCAUAUACAUAUAAAUAAACCUAUGGACCCUCGCCACUAUUACUGCUGCUGUCCCUGUUUGACUAUUAUCAAUGUUAUCACAUAUAACAAAUGGUGUAUGAAAGGAAUGAUAUUCCUUUGACUCGUAUAAAUGUAUCUUAUGUGUCUGGAUGUAUAAAGAAAGUACAUCUAUAAAUUGAAUGGGGCUUUUAUUGGUAGUAUUACAGUUUCUGUCAUAAUGAUAAUCGACAAAAGGGCGGCACACAAACUCUGGGUCCGGAGUAAUGAUGUUUGUUAUACAAACACAAAGAUCAAACACCAGGCUUGAUCGGAUACAAUUCUAUUAUAAUAUAAUUUGACUGUCAAAGAAAUUACAGCUUUGGAGUGCGGCAAUGUUACAUCAAACAGAAGCACAUAUAAUCCCAUUAUUAGCCGUUAUUUGGAUGCUUAACUAAUAUUAUGUUGUUGUUUUUUCAAAAAAUUGGCUUCUGCUAGACAAUAAUCUUGACUUACGCACAUCGAAUAGAGCACACAUAAUGCGACAAGACUUCUUUUACAACGAGAGUUAAACCCUCUUUAGGCAAUAUAGCAAAAGUAUGUUAUUUACUUCAUUUUGUGACAGAAAUAGUCGCACUAAUGGUUAUGUUUAUUCAAGUGGCAAACAUUUUUUGUAUAUCCUGUAUCAACAAGUUUUUUUGACUUCGGGUUUUAAUAAUUUUCACAACACUACUGCGAUUGACUGCUUCUAAAGUUGUUACAGAAAUUGCGUAUCUAUAGAUAGUUAUAUAGAAAGAGAUGAUAAGCUUUUGCCAGGAACGUCUAGCCUCUAAGUUAUUGAAGGCAAGGUUAUAGGCUGAACGUUAUGGCGACAUUUGACGUGGAAACGUCAUCUACAUUUCUUUCCAUUACAACGAUUAUAAACGCGUAUAUGAUAAAUUAAUCCCGGUAUCUGAAAAAGGCAUUUCGGCUUAUAGGUAGCACGUACGACAUAGUUGUUUGCGAUUAAGAUGCAUGCCAUUAGAUCAAAGUGUGUGUCAUAUGAAUUGGAUUUGUAACUAAGUAAUGAAUGGGAUGGCUUUCUCAGCGAUGCCAGUUAGCUUGGGGACCAUUGAGAGGGGUGCGCUAAUCGCAGAGUGUUUAAAUAAACGGAUAAUUAUAGUUGGGUAAAUAGUAAAUAAAAAUGAAAUAAGGCAUGGGCACACUUUUCAGAUAGCCUGGCGUUCGUAUAAUGUUCUGCUAUCGAUCCUUUUUAUGGACCUAAUCCAUAGGUAAAUAAAACAGCGCGAGUUCAAAUCGAAUUAAAUGUUAUGUGAAAAUAACUGAAACGUGCCCCAAUGGAAGAAUGCUGAUUAGACUUAGUUCUCUAAAAUUCCAAUUACCCUAUAGUUCAGUAAUUUCUACGUUUCAGUUAACUGAUAUAUUUUUACCCUUAUUAGUAUGCUUUUUUUGGAAGUUCAGGAGUAUUAUGCGUUUCUAAGGGCAGAUGGUAAAAGGCGAAACUUUAUAGGAAAAAGAUCUGUCCACAUGCAUAACGGGUUAAACUGGUGUAAAUAACAAAAGGCAGUGACAAGAAAAAUCUUGUAUUCACUAGGCUUCUCCAAAUAAGGACUUCUGAUAAGGGACCCCUCAAAAUGCGUCCAAUAUUGUGGAUAUCAGCGCAGUGUUCAUCUCACGCCUCUAAUCGUCACUGCCGGGACAUAACAAAUAUCUAGUUAUUGUAAAGUCUUUUGCGUACCGGCGAAGAAAAGCAGGCUGAAUUAAUCAAACGUGUGUCUUAAGUACGAGAUUCUGAGAUACCGAUUGUAUUAUUAUUGUUGUUUAGAAAAAGCGGGAAAGGUCAACAGGCACACAGUACAGCGUGAUGUCAAAGCUGUUGCUUAUUGCUCCCAGUGCCCUAUUAUCGUCGUAAGAAGAACGGAAUUUACGUUGAGGAAUGAAAUCAAGGGGUAGAUUUUGUCAGUAUAAAUAUGUGUAUAGGAGCUUGAUUUUGUGGGUUGCCGUCACGUUCACAGAGCAUGACGCUAAGUUUCGCUUUUUGUUUGCUGGUCAAAGCCAGUUCAGCUCAGCUCAUUGUGUGCCACUGUUGUUAUUUUCCCUCGGCUACGUACGUCAUGAAACGUUCUGAUCAAAAUCAUAUAUCGAAUAUAGUAGAUCAUACUGAUACUAAUGGUCAUAACUGGCAAUGUGAAACUUAAAACAACGUUUUACGAUAAGUAUGUAGAAGUGCAGGGUGUCUAAAAAACUUCCUCUAUGUUAUAUAAAAGGAAGAAAUGUACGUAGCAUCCGAAAAAGUUCAUGAAAACACUAUUGUGCUUUCAUCAAAGGGGCGCUAUAAAUGAGUAAAUGUAACAAUAGCUUUUGUCGCACAAUGACUCUAUGACUCUUUGAACAACGGAAAGUUACUAGUUAUUGAAUCAGCGUAGAGAAGCUUGUCAGACAUACUGCCAAACAUAUACAUAUAUAUAUAUAUAUAUAUAUAUAUAUAUAUAUGACUGUUUUUUGUUGGCUUUGACAAUGUAGCCGGAAACGAAUGGCCAUAACAGGUGGUAAUAACCAUGUUGACCUUAACGUGUAUAUAUGUAUUGUAAUGAGAUCAAAUUGGUUAACGGUACGAGCGGGCAGCAGUAGUAAGAUGAAAUUUAGCAAUGGAUUAAUUUUUCUUAAUUUUUAAUAUUUAAUUAAAUGUUUCAAUGAGAAGGUCGACAAAGACCUGUCACUAACAUUAGCAUAACGUCGUAGACAUUAUGUACCGCAUGCCUGUCCUAAUAGAACCAAGUGAUAGGUAAGACUGCCGGGCCUAGUGAUCCAGUGGCAGACAAUCAAGCGUGGCCGCUGCCGUGAAUAUGGCUUUGUACGGCACCUACUUGGCUGAUACGGAUCGUUGAAACAUCGGAAUAUCCUAAAAGAAGGACUAUGUGAUGUGCAAGUAUGCGGCUAGGCACUUUGUUGGGACGGAGGAAGGAUGCACACAAAAGUAUAUACCAUAGUUAGAACAUCUUUGUAAACAAAGAGAAACUAUAAAAGCAAGCAGCUGCUUUAUGGAAAUUGAACGAAUAUGGUUGAGAAUAACAAAUAUACAUGCGACGUACAUGUCUUUAUGUGGGACUAGAUAGAUACACUAAGCGUUAUUCCCAAUAAAAUUACUUUGUCUAUAAUGUAUAAUGCAUUGUGAAUUCAUGCAUUCAUUAUUUUUUUUUAACUAUUGAAUGUCAAUAAUGCAGGAAGUGACGAAACUGAUGUUGUUUGGUUGACAGUUAUACUGUGGUCUGUAUCAACGCCAAAAAUUAAAGUGGUUUGAACGUUUUCUACCUACAGUAAAAUACUUGAUUUGUAGUUAUAUCUUUCAGACUUUUCAGUUAAAGCCAAAUGAAGCCAAAGGAUCAAUUUGUAUUGUAAGUCAGAUAACAAUCAAAAACUCCAAGUUAACAGUAGAAGUAGAUAUCAGUACUCUAUAAUAGACAAAAACCUUUGGAUUUUCUGAAAACCAGCUGGAAACAGGAAGAGGGCUAUUCGAAAAAAAACUAGGACAGGUUAAAUUAUACAUGGGAAAUAUGCACAAAUAU